AUGAACAUUGAACAACUCGAAGAUCAGUCGCAAGGUCCGUCACCUGAUUGCAAAGGAACCCUCAACAGGGACUGUUCGACGGGAAACAUCCACACUCUUCGUAGAGGUAUGCAGCGAAUCAUGUCCUAG